AUGUCUUCGAAGUCCCACCUCCCCUACGCAAUUCGCGCAACCAACCAUCCCAACCCUUUAACAUCUAAACUCUUCUCCAUCGCCGAGGAGAAGAAAACCAACGUCACCGUCUCCGCAGACGUUACUACUUCCGCCGAGCUCCUCGAUCUUGCUGACCGCCUAGGCCCCUAUAUCGCAGUUCUGAAAACCCACAUCGACAUCCUCACCGAUCUCACCCCGUCGACCCUUUCCUCGCUCCAAUCCCUCGCGACAAAGCACAACUUCCUCAUCUUUGAGGACCGCAAGUUCAUCGACAUCGGCAACACCGUGCAAAAGCAGUACCACGGUGGCGCUCUCCGCAUCUCCGAAUGGGCACACAUCAUCAACUGCGCCAUCCUGCCGGGCGAAGGGAUCGUCGAGGCCCUCGCACAGACAACCAAGUCUCCUGACUUUAAAGACGCGAAUCAACGAGGUCUCCUGAUUCUUGCCGAGAUGACGAGUAAGGGAUCUCUUGCGACAGGGGAGUACACGGCACGCUCGGUUGAGUACGCGCGGAAGUAUAAGGGGUUUGUGAUGGGAUUCGUGAGUACAAGGGCGUUGAGUGAGGUGCUGCCCGAACAGAAAGAGGAGAGCGAGGAUUUUGUCGUCUUUACGACUGGGGUGAAUCUGUCGGAUAAGGGGGAUAAGCUGGGGCAGCAGUAUCAGACACCUGGGUCGGCGGUUGGGCGAGGUGCGGACUUUAUCAUUGCGGGUAGGGGCAUCUAUAAGGCGGACGAUCCAGUCGAGGCGGUUCAGAGGUACCGGGAGGAAGGCUGGAAAGCUUACGAGAAAAGAGUUGGACUUUGA